UCUCUGGUAUUUGCCUUCUUGACACGCCUUUUGUUGUCUCGCCUAGCUUAGAGUCCUUUUGAUGCUACUAUAGCGAGCAUCCCCCGCGUCAAACUGCUAGACAGCUGUCAAGUCUACGACGCAGCUCCCGUCAGCCUCGGCUCGAGAAGUGACGCUCUGCACUUUGCAAGGAUGAGUGGCGAUGGUGAUUGUUUCAACCCUGCUGCAGUGGCUCAGCCAGUCGAGGAUGUGCAAGGAGAUGGGCGGUGGAUGUCACAGCACACUCGAUUUGUGCAGGAGUGCAAGGAUGGAGAACCAGAUGUGCUUUUUGUUGGGGAUUCUAUGGUACAACUAAUGCAGCAGUAUGAGGUCUGGAGGGAGUUGUUCUCACCACUCCAUGCUCUCAACUUUGGCAUCGGAGGCGAUAACACCUGCAACGUGUUGUGGCGGCUGCAGAACGGAGAGCUAGAGAACAUCCGUCCCAAGAUUGUGGUGGUGUGGGUAGGAACCAACAAUCACGAACAUACGGCAGAACAAGUUGCUGGAGGAAUUCUUUCGAUCGCAAAGCUGCUCACCUCCCGUCUACCCAAAGCCAAAGUAGUUGUGCUGGGAUUAUUACCACGGGGGGAACGUCCAAACCCCCUGAGGGAGAAGAACGCCGCCGUCAAUGACUUUCUGCGCUCCUGGCUGCCUCGCCUGGGCCAGGCUCAGUUCCUGGACGUGAGCGGCGACUUUGUCCACUCUGACGGCACUAUCAGUGCGCAGGUCAUGUUCGACUUCCUCCACCUUACGUCGACGGGUUACCGCGCCGUGGCCAAGCCCCUCAGUGACCUGCUGCUUCAAAUACUCGAGGAAACGCCGGAGGAGCGAAGGGCGUCGCUGGUUUGAGUCACUGACACGCGGCGGCGCCCGAAUCCUGCCCCUGGUGUCGGGAGGAGGAAUGGCACCCUGAGAUGGGUGGUUGGUGUUGGUGCUGUAGAGGGAGAGAGAGACAUCACUACACUCUUGAAAUGACUGACUGCUUGAGAUCUUGUGUGAGCGCACUGUCAGAUCAAAUGAAGUAUUUCUCUUGAUUUCUGAGCUCCAUCACUCACUCACUGACUCACUCACUCUUCCUGUUAUCUUGUCAUGGUAAAAUGUUUGACAGCAACUCCGGUAACUUGUACAAUGUUUAAAGUCUGCUCGGAAGGAAAAAAAAAAGUGCUUCAUGCCCUUCAAUCUUUACUUAUUAUUUCACAGUAUAAAGAAAAUAAUAUUUGCCAAACAGCACAGAAAAAUAGCACAAUUUUGUUUUGUGGUUUAUCACCUAAAGACUCUAUUUGCUCUUUUUCAGUGACAUUCAGUUGAAAUGCUUUGUUUCCAAUUUGAGCGACGUACAACCAGGUUACCCGACAUCAUGGACGCAUUUUGUUUGCAACAAAAUUGAACUUGUAUCAACAAAGUCACCUAUCAUAUAUGUUGUUAUGUAUCCUGACGUGGACGGGCACUCUCUCCCCCUAGUUCCCUGUCUUGAUGGUUAUACAGUAUUUUCUGUCUUGCGCACCUUUUUAUUAUGUUAAUGUUUUUUUGUUUGUUUGUUUUUUGUAAAUUUUAUCACCCUCGUUGUGUUUCGUUUUCUCACUGACCUCUAACACAACCUUGCUCCUUCUGUAAAUCACUACCCAAUAUUUUAGGAAUAAAAAGUUGCAGAAGCUACUGAAUAUCAUCACGCUACCAUGCAAAAAAAAUAUGUCGGCGAACUUAUGCUAAAGCUUCUUUAUAGCUCAAUAAGUCACAUACUGAGCUUCAAAUUAUCUUAAGUUACUGCUGUCUUAAGCUCUGCACAAUGCGUGCUGUGUUCAAGUAUGUAUGAUUAAGUGUGUGAGUGAGUGCGCCGAAUGUAGUUGUGUACAGUUUUGGAAGUUGGAGUGGUGCGAGUGUUUAGAACUGACCCCGGCUGUAUAUAGGAGAUGUGGAAAGGAUGCCUGAAGGGGAGUUAGAUUACAGGAGUUUGUCGGUGUGAUCCAUCAUGUGCACUUGUUUGGCUUGUCGUCUCGUUCUUGAGUUAAAAGUAAAAGCAUUCCAAUAAAGAAAAACCAUGGAUGGAA